CCCAUAAUUCAUUUCACCCAAUUGACCAUGUUGCCAUGUGUCUGCUGGCUCCAACUUAUCCUCAUCUUGCUGUCCUUUGUCUCAUGGACCCGGGGGGAAAACUGCCCAGCAACCUGCCUAUGCCCAGAUCCUCACACUGUGGACUGCAGUGGCCGUGGGCUGACCCGUCUACCCAAUGAGAUCCCCUUGGAUGUGCGCAGGCUUUUGUUGGCUGACAACUGGAUACCCCGAAUCCCCUCGGACUUCCUGGUUCUGUACAGUGACUUGGUCUACCUGGACCUCCGGAACAACUCCCUCUCCCACAUUGAACCAGGGACUCUUAGCACCUCUUCCAGGCUGGUCUUCCUGGACCUGGGCAGCAACAAUCUGACCGAAAUCCCUAAGGGGACGUUUGGAGAGUCCCGGAGCCUGAUCAAAUUAAGGCUGGGAAAUAACCCAUAUCUGAGCAUGGUGAGUGAGGAGGCAUUCCUGGGCCUAACCUCUCUGAGAGAACUGGAACUGGAGCGUAAUGCACUGUCUACCCUAAAGGUGGGGGCACUGAGUCAGUUACCCUCCCUGCGGGUGGUGAGGCUAGAGGGCAACCCCUGGGUGUGCAACUGCAACUUUGCUAACCUGUUCACCUGGCUGAUGGAGAACAGUCACAAGCUUCCAAACGGUGUGGAAGGCAUGGAGUGCUCCCUCCCCAUGGAUGGCAGACGUGUAUCCCUGACCCAGCUCUCAAAGGACAGCUUCCGUGAGUGCCAGGCAACCCUGACUCUAACAGACCUGCUCAUCAUAAUUUUCUCUGGCAUCUCUGUGUCUGUUGUGGCCAUCAUGACAAGCUUCUUCCUGGCUUCAACUGUUCAUUGCUUCCAACGCUGGAGUAAAGGCACCAAGGGGGAUGAGGAGGAAAGUGAGGAGUGA